AUGCUUGUGAAGCGUUUGUUAUGUUCCUAUACAAAAGCGUUGAAUCGCUCACAUCGUAUUCCGAACGGUAGUAAAAACGCCAAUUCCGAUUGCAAUGUUACGCCGUUCGAUGCCAUUUCUUCUGGGCGGUGUUUCAGCUCAGAAGCAAAUCAUCCACCGGAUGACGCACAAAAGCCGGUAACGGUUUCACUGUACCAUAUGAAGAAAAUUAUCAAAGGCUCUAGUGUGAUGCUGGGCGAAAGUUUUGAAGGUCCAACCUGCAUUCAAACAGUCUGUCCGGUGUGCCAUAUUGUGCCCGGAACGGAAGGUAAAGGCAUCACGGAUGCGAUCCGGAAGAAGAUAUUCGUUAACAAAACAACGGGCAAUUUCACGUGUUCCUCUUGCCAGUACCUUGGUAGGUGGGAUCAUAUUGAGAAAUUUUUCCCACCAUACAACCGUGCCCCAAAAACUGUACAAGAACUGCGAAAACUUAGAGAUGGCUUUUUGGAGUUGAAAGGUGAACAUGUGGGCGCAGUGCAUCCAAUUCCUAGAGAUGCUGUGUUGUUGGAUUCGAUCGAAGGAGCUCGUGAAGCGAUUCGGUGUUUGCAUUUAGAGAAUAUAAUACCCGAGACAUUGCUCACCGUGAAAGCUCAUUGGCAACAAGAAAAGCGGGAACUCUUCAUACCGCUGGUAGAUGUUGAAGAUCGAACCAUUGGUUAUAAGAUACUGCACAUUGGUUCGGAUGGAGAGAUUAGUGAACGAACGGUGCCGGAAGCAAAUGCAAGCGGUCUCAUUUACCUUAGAUGCUUCCCGUCCAACACGGGUACAAAGGCCAAAGACCAAAGUCAAACCAAUGCCAUACUCGUACUUAAUGUGCUUGAUCUGCUUGCCCUAGGCAGUGUGAAGCUUAAUGCAACGGCUGUAUGUCUUCCUCAUGGCUUGAAAACGCUACCUCAACAGUGUCUGCCCGGAUUGGAACGUUUCCAACGGUUUACACUAUGGUUUAACUACGAUACAGCCGGUUGGGAUACGGCCCGCAACUAUGCGAAGAAGCUCGACGAACGACGGUGUAUGUUUGUGCGCCCAACUGAUCAGCAUCCCACACCGUACAAAGCUCUGCUUGAAGAAGCAACGGAACCAAAGACAAUUCUAUCGAAAGCACAACCCAUCCUGCAUCAAUCCAUCACCACGUUCCGAGCGCUACGACAAGAUGUGCUGAGCGAUUUACAAAACAUCGAUAAAGUGCAGGGUGUUAAAUGGAAACGCUAUCCUACGUUGAACAAACUGCUUAAAGGUCAUCGUAAAGGAGAGCUAACCGUACUGACCGGACCAACCGGGUGCGGUAAGACAACCUUCAUGUCGGACUAUUCGCUCGAUCUUGCCCAGCAGGGUGUUUCCACACUGUGGGGAUCGUUUGAGAUUCGUAACACCCGACUGGCGGUUACGCUGCUCCGCCAGAUGGUAGGACGACCGCUCGACGAGAACUUGACAGAAUUUGAGCAGUGGGCAGAUACGUUCGAACGUUUGCCGAUUUACUUUAUGACCUUCCACGGACAGCAGCCGAUCAAGAUCGUGAUGGAGGCGAUCGAGCACGCACAAUACGUGCAUGACAUUCAGCACGUCAUCAUCGAUAAUUUGCAGUUCAUGAUGGGUGUGUUGGAUGAGGCGAAGCAUCUGGAUCGUUACUGGAAGCAGGAUGCAAUCAUUGCCGCGUUUCGAACGUUUGCCACCAGGCGCAACUGUCACGUAACGCUGGUGAUCCAUCCGCGUAAGGAGCGCGACUCAGACGAGCUGACGACGAGUUCAAUUUUUGGUGGAGCGAAAGCAUCUCAGGAAGCGGACAACGUGCUGAUCAUUCAGGACAAACGGUUAACGUCGGUAAGAGGUAAGAAGUAUCUACAGAUUGCAAAGAACCGAUACAGUGGGGAUCUAGGUAUUAUGCCGCUAGAUUUCGACAAAGCGAGUCUGAGUUAUGCCCAGCGAAAGAAGAAACCUGAAGGAGGUGAUGGUGAGACGUCCACGUCCUCCGAUUCCACCGGAAGGCCCGUUGGUGGUGAACCGAUUGAUCGAACGGUUAGGCGAGCCUUCUAG